UUUUUCAAACGGCAAACUACCAAACAAUUCGCCAAGCGUAGUCGUUACUGGAUUAUAUACUAUUUUUGCUAUUCGUCUGCAGUUUGCAGUGGAUUUUACAAUAUGGAUCUGGACUCGUAUAAAUAUGCGGAAUUGCAGCGCCUUGCUAAGGAGGUUGGACUAAAGGCCAAUAUGAAGGCCGAUAAGCUGUUGAAGGCUCUAAAACAACACUUUUCGCAACAACAGCAGACUUCUGAAAAUGGCAAUGAAGCACCCAACAAGGAACCGCUCGUGAACGCGGAGGAACCUCGCACCACUACGUUUGUGACCGAGCGCAGAGGGAAGAGCCGAAAUGCCAAGAGAAAACUCAGUGAUUCCACUCCAGCCACAGAUCAGAUUGAGGAACAACCGGUACAGACAGAGAGCCGAAGGGGCUCCAAAAAGAGGAAAGUGUCUGGACCCAAGGACACUCAGGUUCCACCUGAAAAUCCAAGUAAUGUGGAUACAGUGGAGGAAGCUGAAAAAAAGGUUUUUACUGAUUCCAGUUCAGAUGCUCCUGUACUGCCAAGUGAGAAAGCAGGUGCUGGGAGAAGGACAGCAGGUAAAAUCCCUCGUCAUGAGGGUCUGAUGAAGAGGAAGCCUGCACUUCGGCCCACAACUCCAAACUUUAAAAAACUUCAUGAAGCUCACUUCAAAAAGAUGGAGUCAAUUGACUCCUAUGUCCAGAGGAAGAACAAACAAAUGGAGGUGAUCAGGAAUUCUGUCAAAGAACUUAAGAAUCUGUCAGAGAACACUCUGCUGAAGAGUGACGUGAAAUCUGCUGAAACAAAGAAGCCACCUGCUAGUAGAGCAUCACUGUUCAGUCCUGGAGUGCAGGAAAGGAAACCAAUUUCGGAAAGACGAAGAGUCACUGAGCUGUCUGCUAGUAAAUCUGCACUGAAGGACAGCACUGCCUUUAGGCCAACUGUAUUCACCACCAACAAAAUCAAUGUCAGGUUCUCGAAGGCCACUCACGAUAAUGAAUACAAGCGUUCACUGGUGAAAACCCCAGCUCGCAUGUCUCCUCUCGUCCCCCUAACUUCCACUCCAGGCAGAAAAUCUAAUGCUCACAUCAAAAAUGAACUCAAUAAAUCUGUUGGCCCAAUCAUUAAAACACCUGGAGUUAAUCCAUUUGUUUUCAGUGGAAACAACAGUUUGUCAGUCACACCUGGCACCACCAAGAAGAGCACGUUUGAUCUAAAAGCGAGUCUCUCUCGCCCAUUGACUUACCAACCACACAAGGGAAAACUGAAGCCUUUUGCAGAGGCAAAGGAGAAUGUGGCACUUAAUAAAUCUCAGACUGUUCCUUCACACCAGAAAAACUAUAAACAGCACCAAGUUCAGACCAGGCAAGAGCGCCGUGUCAAACAAAACGAUGAAAGAAAACAAAAGAAGGAAAAGAUGAUGGGUACUAGGCGAGGACUGGUCAUGGCCUAAUAAGUUUUUUUUUUUCUGUUAUGUAGUAUUAGUUGCUCAAUUGUCUGCUUUUAUUUUGUAUGUUUUAUUGCAAAUAUUUGUACAUUUUUAUCACUUCUGUAAAUAUCCCAUUUAACUUUUUGUUAGAUAAAUAUUGUGUUUAAAAUGAGGUGAAACAAAUCAAUGUUAUUGGAAAAGAAUAAUUUUUAAAUCCAACUUUUUAUAAAAUUGUUUCUGGUUUGUCUCGUGAUUAAUAGGAUUAAUUAAAAUACUGUAUGAAUGUAAAGAAUAAAAACAUUGUCCAAGAGGAGAAAAACAUGAGAAAACAUUGUCCAAGUCACAAACAUUUUUAUUUUUUAUAUUACAGAAAUAUUCAUCAAAUAUUUUGUACGUCUUUGUUUUUUUGUGUAUAUAUGUAUGUGUGAGUAGGCCUUAGUUUAAAAUGAGUCCAAAUGUUUACAAAGUUCAUAUUAAUAAAGCAGUAGAUUAUUUCCACCAUA